AUGGUGUCCUCCUUCCUCGUCCUUCUCGUUUCGCUGUUAAGCACCGGCAGCACGUACCGUCUGAGCGCCGAGCAGAAUCUGGAACUGCAGGAGACGUGCGGACGCAUGCGAGGCUCGUUCACUUCUGGAGAAAUAGACGUUUCUCGCAAGUUCGUCGAGGGAAAUCGCGCCAGUACGCUCGAAUUCCCGUGGGCGGCGUCGGUGAACGUGGAGGGCAUUCUGACGGCUUCUGUGAUCUCGCCACGUCACAUUCUGCUCUUCAACAUCAUCGAAAUGGAUCCUUCCAACGGAACUUUAAGCAUCUUCGACGAUAUCGCGCUCACGCAGAAGGCCGAGUGCGACGUGAACGAUCUGCUUCUUCCGGAAGAGGUCAACAAGUACAUUGAGGUGGAUUUCGUCGCCAAGCAGAGUGCCGUCGCUUCCCCGCAAGUCGCCAAAGUGAUCGUGCUCGACGGAUGCGUCAAGAUCGACACGUUCAAACCGAUGAUCUUGGAGCUCGCCGAGGAUUUGCAGUUCGACGAGAACCAUCGUGCCAUUUGCCUGUCGGAUUCUGAAGACAACUGGAACACGACGGAAGAAUUCAGCGUAUUCGGGUUGGGUCCACGUGGCAAGAGUCUGUCGACGGCCAAAUUUGCUCCGAAAGAGUGCAGUCGCAAGGAUUCCCUCGAGAGUUACGUCGAAUGCGCGAAGCCGUUGAAUGAGAGCCAGGGACUGUGCGCGGUGAGUUUCCAAAGGUUUACCUGAAAAAUCGGAAAGGUUUAGGGAGACUUUGGAGGCGGCGCCGUCGCCGAAAUCAACGAAAGAGACGUUUUGCUGGGAGUGUACGCCGAGGGAAAUGUGCAGUGCAAAACGGAUCCGCGCAAGCACCGAGAGCCCGAGUUCAUCAACAUCGGACAUUUCAAAGACUCGAUCUGCAGACAAACCGGCAUUUGUGUCGAUGUGCAGGCAUUCAGUACGACGACGACGACGACGACGGUGGAAAGUUCGAAGAAAUUUACUGAGGAAGGAUCGGGAGAUUCGGAAGAGACGGACAGUUUUGAUAGUGAGGAAUCGAUCACCGCCGAGACGUACGAACGGAUGAAGAUCAAGGAAUCGAGCGGGUCUUCUGCGGAAGACUUCUCGGCACACGUCAAGAACAUUCACAUUCAUAUUCGGCUCGAUGACGAGCAAGAUGUUUAA